AUGGCGAGGCCGCUGCCGCGGAGGGCGGGCAGGCGGCAGCAGCAGCGGCGCCCGCGAAAGCCCGUCCCUCCCGCCCAGAGUGAGAACUUGGGGGAUGGGGGGCUUGGGAAAGGAAAGGGAAACAAAGAGGAGCUAUCACCAAAAAUCACAGGAUUGCCAACCGGGUUGAGUGUCACGUGGCUGGGAACCUCGUCUGGCGCCCCCACCACGACCAGGAAUGUAUCCAGCAUCGCAUGCCGCUUCCACCAUGCAACAUACCUGGUAGAUUGUGGAGAGGGCACACAGACACAGCUCAUCAAAUCGGACAUCUAUCCUGGGCAUAUCAAGCGGAUAUUCAUCACACAUCUGCAUGGUGACCACUGCUUUGGUUUGCCAGGCCUCCUCAACAUGAUCAGCACUGUCCGACAGUACUCCUGGACAGGGGAACCCGUGCAUGUGUAUGGGCCUCCUGGCCUUGAGGAGCUGCUGAAGAUGUCGUUGCCCCAUUGGUACGGUCGACUCUACAUGCCAGUGCAUGUGACAGAAUUUACAAUGGAUGCAAGCUUGGCACAUGAGCCACGACCUGUGGUCAAGGGUAAAAAGGGGGAGGUCACUGUCGCACGAAUGGCACCCACCACUUCGCUGGGCCGCUUGGUCCACAGACAUUUGCCGCCCUUUCAAGUGGGGAACCGGGGUCUUGGGGUGAAGCUUCGAGAGGGGGUGCUGGAGGGUCACCAGUGGGUGAUACCCUGUGAGGAGGGGAUAACAGUCACUGCAGCACAGCUGCAGCACAGGGUCCCCUGCUGGGGCUACAUCAUGUCAGAAGAAGAGUACAUCCCUUCUGACUGGGAAGUUCAGCUGGAGAAGAAGCGACGUGAGAAGCAGCGAGCAGAGUUGCCAGACCCACCACCCGGAGUGCUCUGGGUUGAUCCCGACCCAGGAACUGCGCUCCGUGUGCCGGGGAGGAAGGUGGUUCUCCUUGGGGACACAUGCAACUCUGACGCCCUUGCCCAGGCUGCAUACGGUGCCGACCUCGUGUCACACGAGGCGACGUUCGCAAAGGGCAUGGAGGAGAAGGCCGAGGUGGCACAGCACUCCACGGCUGUUAUGGCUGGCGAGUUUGCCAGGAAGAUCGGAGCCAAGCAGCUUGUCCUCACUCAUUUUAGCCCCAGAUAUCAACAAAACAGCAGCUCAGACAGCUCUACCAUCAGUCGCCUUGUGGAAGAGGCAAAGCAGGGCUUCAGGAGCGACAAUGUGGUCGCCGCCCAGGAUUUUUUCACUUUCGACGUGCCCAAACGGAGACCGAACAGAGUGUCAAGCGCCGACGAGGCAAUGAUAUGA